CUCUGACAACCCACAUCCAUCCCUAGCUUCUACCGGCUGAAGCACAGUAGCAUCAAGGCAGACUCCAUGGACGCUAUGGAGUCCACUUCGCCAUACUCGCCGCCGGCGGUGCGCCACAAGCUGCGGACCGCCGUGUGCGGCUGCUUCGGCUCGCCAUCGUCACCCGGCAGCCGUGGGGAGAGGCCGCAUAGUGGCGGAAGGGCCAGGUGGAGGCGACGCGUGGUGGCCGCGGGGGAGUUCAGGUACGACCCGCUCAGCUACGCGCUCAACUUCGACGACGGCGCGGAAGCAGAGGAUGCGACCUACAUGUACAGGAACUUCAGCUCGCGCCUGCCGCCCUUGCCGGUGCCGGCCUCCCGAGCCGUCGCCAUGGCCCUCUGUCCCUCUGAAUUUUCUUCUUCACUAUGUAAAAGCAGUUUAUACCACCGGGGAAAUCGUACGUAGCGAGGUAUAGUUAGCAGUAGCAGUGUACGCGUAACAUCAUGUAUACAUACA